UCAAUCUAUCCCCCAACCCAACCGCGUAAGGGUCAACUCUCAUUCCCGAGAAACAAACAGAAAAGUCCCUCAUCCACGCCGCGUUCACACUUGCUCACGCGCUUCCUUCCUCCCUACACCAGCAUCUAUUAUAUAUAUAUGACCACGUCUGAAUUCAUCAUCUUCAUCUCAUUCAAGUUCAUACUCUUCAGCGUUCACAUUUCUAUUCAACUCCACUUUAUCAAACACUUUAUCAAACACUUCCCAAUGGAGAUCUCUUCCUUCCCAUUUCUCGACCAAGAAGAUUACUACCCAAUUCACAGCUUGUUCCAAGAAAUUGAUACCGAUAAUACUAAAAAGCGGCAAAGGACGGACACAGUUGGCGACGACGACGACCAAUUAUCUAAGAAAACUUCCAUAAAAGAAAUUCUCACCACAUUGUUGUUUUUGGACCAAGAAGAGAAAUCCAAUUCAGUCCCCGACAACUACUAUUUCAAUCACAAAAUCGAACCCAUGAGUGAGAAUUACAAUCUCUUCCAAGAUUUCUCUCAUUUGGAUGACAACAAUCAAUUGCCAGAGCCCUCCACCGAAGCAAUUGGUGUUUACGCCACCACCGUCGCGUCAGACGGUUCAGCUCAAUCGAGCGGCGGCGGUAGCGGUGGUAGUGGCGGAGUUGGGGGUCAGCACCGUCGGUUAUGGGUCAAGAACCGAUCGAAAGCGUGGUGGGAGCAAUGCAACCAUCCUGAUUUCCCGGAGGAAGAGUUCCGUCGCGCGUUUCGGAUGAGCAGAGCGACCUUCGACAUGAUCUGCAACGAGCUCGAUUCCGUUCUCAAUAAGAAAGACACGAUACUUCGCUUGGCGAUUCCGGUUCGACAGCGCGUCGCCGUUUGUAUAUGGAGGUUAGCCACCGGCGAGCCUCUUCGCCUCGUCUCGAAACGUUUCGGAUUAGGCAUAUCUACUUGUCACAAGCUUGUUCUUGAGGUUUGUUCAGCUAUAAAGAGUGUGUUAAUGCCCAAAUAUGUUCAGUGGCCUGAUGAGACCAAAUUGAAGGACGUCAAGGAUGGGUUUGAAUCAAUCUCUGGAAUACCCAAUGUGGGUGGGUCAAUGUACACCACACAUAUCCCAAUUAUAGCGCCAAAAAUCAGUGUUGCAGCCUAUUUCAAUAAGCGACUCACGGAGCGAAAUCAGAAGACUUCAUACUCAAUUACAGUCCAAGGAGUGGUGGAUCCGAAUGGGGUGUUCACUGAUGUUUGCAUUGGUUGGCCUGGUUCAAUGCCUGAUGACAAGGUUUUGGAAAAGUCUGCUCUUAAUCAAAGAGCCAAUCAAGGGCUUUUGAAGGAUGUUUGGGUAGUGGGAAAUUCUGGGUACCCUUUGAUGGAUUGGGUUUUGGUUCCUUACACCCACCAAAACCUGACUUGGACACAGCACGCUUUCAAUGAGAAGAUUGGUGAGGUUGAGAGGGUGGCGAAGGAGGCGUUUGCGCGGUUGAAAGGGCGGUGGAGUUGCUUGCAGAAGAGAACAGAGGUGAAGCUGCAGGACUUGCCGGUGGUUCUCGGGGCGUGCUGUGUGCUGCACAAUAUCUGCGAGAUGAGAAAUGAGGGAAUGGAGCCUGAGCUGAGGUUUGAGAUCUUUGAUGAUGAGAUAGUCCCGGAGAACAGUGUGAGGUCUGUGAGUUUGAUGCAGGCUAGAGAUCACAUUGCUCACAAUCUGUUGCACCAUAGCCUUGCAGGCACUACUUUUAUUUAGUGUAGUGAAAGAGUGUUUUAGUUUUUGUAUCUUGAUUAUAGUACUGAUUUCUAGUUUUUUUUUUGUUUGUAUCUUGAUUUAGUGAUUCUUUUUACAUGGCUUGUUUCUGUCAUGUUAUAGAAUAGUUUUAUUAUAAUUUUGUAUGGGUUUAUAUAGAGAAUUUAUUCACCAUAUUUAUUGGAC